GACAAGUCCUUCCGCUCCAAAAUUCGCUUCCAGAUACUCCCCCUCCCCCCUCACACUGAGAUAAAGAGAGAGAGAGAGAGAACGUGAAGCUCACGCGCCCCCGCCACCAGCCGCCGGAGCCACCAUCCUUACGAUGAUGAUUCGAUCUCCUCACAUGGCGUUCACCUGAGGAACUUUCCGGAUUCUCCCCCUCCGAUUCAGGUCCGGCUGGAGUUUGGACUCUUCUCAUACUGCGCCUUACUGGUGGUUGAACUUCAAGGAGGCAGCCGGUUACCACUCUCCUUCCCCGUCUCAGCUGUCGACUCCUCGACGCCGGCCGUACGGCACCUCAAUCGCGCAUAGAUGGGUGUAUACCUGAGCACUCCGAAAACUGAGAAAUUUUCAGAAGAUGGAGAGAAUGGUCGGGUUAGAUUUGGUUUAUCAUCCAUGCAAGGAUGGCGUGCAACUAUGGAAGAUGCUCAUGCUGCUUAUCCCGAUCUGGACUCUAACACCUCAUUCUUUGGUGUUUAUGAUGGUCAUGGAGGUAAAGUGGUUGCAAAGUUCUGUGCCAAAUUUCUUCACCAGCAGGUGCUAAAGAGCGAGUCAUAUGCAGCUGGAGACAUAGUAACUUCGGUUAAGAAAGCAUUUUUCAGAAUGGAUGAAAUGAUGCGUGGUCAGAGAGGGUGGAGAGAAUUAGCUGUUCUGGGAGACAAGAUAAACAAAUUUACUGGAAUGAUAGAAGGGUUGAUAUGGUCUCCAAGGGGAGCUGAUGCUAAUGAACGGGUGGAUGAAUGGGCUUUUGAGGAGGGUCCUCAUUCUGAUUUUUCUGGACCAACUUGUGGAAGCACAGCCUGCGUUGCAAUCAUUAGAAACAACCAACUUCUUGUUGCAAAUGCUGGUGAUUCUCGCUGUGUUAUAUCUAAAAGGGGUCAGGCAUGCAAUCUUUCUCGAGAUCACAAACCUGAUUUGGAGGCAGAAAAGGAGAGGAUAAUAAAAGCUGGUGGUUUUAUCCACGCCGGACGAGUUAACGGAAGUUUAAAUCUCGCUAGAGCUAUUGGUGACAUGGAAUUCAAGCAAAAUAAGUUUUUGCCUGCUGAAAAGCAAAUUGUUACGGCCAAUCCAGAUAUAAAUGUAGUUGAGCUGUGUGAUGAUGAUGACUUCAUUGUACUAGCGUGUGAUGGUAUCUGGGAUUGCAUGUCUAGCCAGCAGCUGGUGGAUUUCAUACACGACCAUUUAAAGUCGGAAAACAAGCUCUCUGCAGUGUGCGAGAGAGUCCUUGAACGGUGCUUGGCACCGUCGACACUCACCGGUGAGGGAUGUGACAAUAUGACGAUGAUAUUGGUCCAGUUCAAGAAGCCCAUUUGUCCGUCCUCGCAAGUCGAAGACGAAUCCUCGCCCUCUUCUAAGCCUUCUAUCCCCGAAAAAACCCCAGAAGAUAAUAGUUUGUCCGGACCCGAGAAAAUUGAAGCAAUGUAAUGCCGCCCAACAUGGGAUGAUUCUGUUUCAGGGAAAUCCCCGCCGACAUUUCCGUAGUUGUCAUGACUGUACAUUUUCGUCGAUGAUGAUCGUGCUUCGGCACAGCAUGUGAUAUGCUUGAACAUCAUGCACCGGCCGAAUAUAGAACUGUACAUAGGAUGGUGGUGGGCUCCCGGAUGUUACUAAGCCUGCGAGAUGGCACCUUCUCGUUUGGCUUUCCUAUUUUGCUCUUCUUAGAAUGCCUGAAGCAAAGUGUGAUUUCUUCCCCGGAUUCAGUUUCA